AUGCCUGUGGAAAAGUACCAGUUUAUGAGCAACGUCUGGAGGGAUGGCAUCUUCGCUCUACAUCUGGAUGACGAGCUAACACAAACACCUCCAGACAACAAAGUCGUCUUCUGCACCGGCGGUGCAGGCUCAAUCUGCUCUGUCCAAGUCCGAGCCAUGGUCGCCCUAGGAGCAAAUGCCUGCAUCAUCGGUCGCAACGUAGAGAAGACGGAGAACAUGGCCAAAGACAUCGCAACCGCACGCUCAGGCGCAAAGGUAAUCGGUAUCGGCGCAGUCGACGUCAGGAAGCCCGAACUCCUCCAACAAGCCGCAGAGCGCUGCGCCAAAGAACUCGGCAGCAUCGACUUCGUCAUCGCAGGCGCAGCAGGAAACUUCCUCGCCACCAUCGAUCAGAUCUCGCCGAAUGCCAUGAAGAGCGUCAUCGACAUCGAUGUACUGGGUAGUUACAACACGGUCAAGGCGACACUACCCUAUCUCAAGGAAUCAGCGGCGAAGCAUAAAACAAAUGGCACGACACAGCCAGCCAACGGAACAGGCGGACGCAUCAUCUUCGUGAGCGCAACUUUCCACUACACAGGCGCACCCCUCCAGAGCCACGUCUCAGUUGCAAAGGCAGGUGUAGACGCCAUGGCCAUGUCCGUCGCCAUUGAGCAAGGCCCCAGAGGCAUUACAUCCAACAUCAUCGCUCCUGGACCCAUUGCCGGCACCGAAGGCAUGUCGCGACUAUCAAAGUCCGAUGGCAAGAGCAACGCUUCCAAGACCAUACCACUUGGUCGUUGGGGCACUGUCAAGGAGAUUGCUGAUGCAACCGUUUAUCUCUUCUCCGAUGCGGGCAACUAUGUUAAUGGCGAGACACUGGUCGUUGAUGGUGGUGCAUGGCAUACAGCAGGUUUCUCGGGCGGAUUCGAAUAUCCAGAUUUCCUGCUCAGUGGGGAGGCUGUUACGGGUGUUGCAGGGGGAAAGAAGUCGAAGCUGUAG